AUGGAAGCAGUAUUCGCAACAUCAAUUUGUAAAACUCGAGAUAUUAAAAGCUUACCGUAUAUCUAUAACUUGAUCCAAAAUGCAUAUAACCUUUUUGAAAUUGAAGGCUAUCGAAUCCCAUUCGCGUUUAUAUUAUACCUCUCAACUUCAAUAUUCAAACAAAGUCAACCGGCACCAGAUUUAGGGCAAAGAUUAGCGGCAACGCUCAUCAAAACCAUCGUUGAAAUUUUACCAUUAUGGAUGGUUAGACUUAUAUUCAAUUUUACAGGUGUCGUGGAACAAAUCGAAAAUGGAAUGUAUAUGGGAGAACAAAGAAAUAAAUGGUGCCGUCGACUGAAGGGUGGGGAUGGAUGGGAUGGGUAUCUGAUCGCAGAAAAUGCAAAAACAGAAGAUGUUGGAGAAAAUGCCGACAUGAUUAUUUUAUAUGCACAUGGUGGUGGUUAUAUUGUUGGUCAAGCUUUAGUAUCCCUGGUAAUUUUUGUGAGAUGGAUUGAAGCCUGGAAAAUUAGUCAUGGGGCCAAUACGCACAUAGUAUCGUUAGAAUAUGGCCUUUCGCCGGAAAAUGCCUUUCCGUCUCACCGUGACAGCAUGUUAAAAUGUUAUCAAUGGUUAGUCAACGAGAAAGGAAUUAGCCCGUCCAAGAUUACUUUGGCCGGUGAUAGUGCAGGCGGAAACAUGGCUUUGUUAUCAUCCUUCGAGCUUCUUAAAAAUCCGACAGUUUACAAUACACCUCUACCAUCGCGCUUGCUUCUUAUCUCACCUUGUGUUUCGGCACUCACCGUUUCACAAACAUUCAAAACAAAUUAUGACGCCGACUGUAUAAGUGAGCCAUGGUUCUAUUACAGCUUGGCAAGCACCAUAGGUAACACUAACGUUCAUCCAACAUCCCCUCUAAUAUCCCCGUUAUUCGAAAGUUGUCUACGUGGUUUACCCAAAGUGUGGAUAUGUGUUGGUGGAUACGAAGUAUUUCUCGAUGACAUAGUGUCAUUCGUGGAAAAGGCUAGAAGUCAAGAAGUCAGUGCAGAACUUUUGAUCGAAGAAGAUAACAUGCAUAAUUAUGCUAUUGUGUGGCCUUUAUCAAGAAAUGGUGGUGCGCAGAGAGCUAUGAAAUAUAUGUCUAGAUUUUUGUAUGGUGAACAACCCGUUAUUAGGCAUCAUAAAAUUAAAGGAUGA